AUGGCUGAUGCCUGUAGGGCAAUGAAGCCUUUUGGCAUUUCCGAAGGUCAGACAAAGGCAGCGGUCAAAGAGCUUCUGAAAGUCUAUGCAAACAGCUGGGAGUUUAUUAUUGAUGAAAAUUACAGACUUUUGCUGGACCAGAAGCCAGAGGAGGAAAAGGGAGUGAGAUCGAAGAAAAAAGAAGCUCCAUCUUAUGAUAAAACUGAAGUUGUUGAACUUCCAACCAAGAGAUAUUGCACAAGGCAACAGAAAAAACAGGCAUUGUCUCCUUUGGAAUCUUGCCUUGAAAAGUCUCCAUUAAAAAGGGCACGUCAGAUAAGAAGAAGUCGCCGAAGACACCAGGAAAGAGAGGUUUUGGACUCUGGGAAUAACUUCGAUCCUCUGCGUAAUUGCAACACGCAACUGGAAGAAAGUCUCAAUCUGAUAGGUGAAGAUAGUUCUUCAGAUUUUGAUGAAGACGGCUUGAAGUUGUUGGAAGUGGAAUCGUUGAAUACGGACAACAAAGAUAAUGUUUUUGAUUUGCCACAGUUUGUAGCUGCAUCAUCUACUCCGAAGGGUGACCUGGAAAUGUCUAUGAUUUGCCACUCUUCUCCACAGUCUGAUUUCUGUCCUCCACAUUUUGAUGAAGCUCUAGAAAUGAUGGAAGAGACACACAUAAAAUCAUGUAGAGUUGAAGAAUGCUUUGUGGAAACAGGAACUGAUUCCACCUUUGAUGAAAGUACUGCACAAGAUGUUCUUGCCAAAAGGGUGAAAGUUUCCUUGGAGAAUGGAAGAAAUACUGAAGAUCUGCCAAUCUUUCUUUACAUCUCCAAUAAUUUAGUUUAUAAGAACGCCUAUGUGAAAUUUUCACUUGCUCGUAUAUCUCAUGAGGGUUUCUGUUCACAUUGUUUUGGGGAUUGUUUGACAUCAUCAGUACCUUGCCUGUGUGCGGCUGAAAGUUGGGGUCAGUUUGCAUACACUCUAGGAGGAUUCAUUAAGGAGAAGUUUCUAGAAGAGUGUAUAUCCUUGAAGUGGGAACCUAAACAAGACCACUAG